ACACAGAGAUACUACCACACGUGCCCCUAAACGAUCGUCAGAAGCACUGGCCCAACACUUUUGUUGUCCCGGCUUUUUCUUUUGAAGUAGAGCAUGUGCUCGAAGAAGGAAACCAGGUGUAUAGAGAGUAUGGCAAAAGAUUAAAGUUAACCCGAUCUCAAACUCACUGUGUUCUGGAUAAAAUGGCUGAAACAAUCUUUAGCUACAAACCAUACCCAAAUGAAAGUCAACUGGCAAAGGCAGCAGAAGCCCUAGUUAAUGCCCAUCCUUGUCUCACAGAGCACGGUAGUCACAUUCCUUGGUAUGGCUGGAAAGUCCGCUUGGCGCACAAGAUGGGGAAUUAUCGAACAAUAAUGGCCAAAUCUGGCUGUGCAGAGGUUGCUGUCAACACAGGCAGGAGGAGUAAAAACAACCCUGACAGUGCCCAUCCUCAUUCCAACAUCAAGAAAGCCAGACGUUCUGAAAUCAACUUUCUUCCUAACUUUCCUAAAGGGGAGAAUCAGACGUCCCUUGAACAGAUGAGAUUACAGGUAAUGGAAGAAAGUGAAAAGAUGGAAAUAAACCAGAUGUUCAUAGAAAAAUGCAUGCAGACAACUUUUGCUUUACGACGCCAAGAGAUUGUCAAGGGAGAUCUACUGGUAAAGGAUCUUUUGAUCAGAUGGCCAGCACUGCAGACUGAGUCACAGGUGUUUGCUGAAUUUCACCGUAUUACCAACGUGAACCUGAGGAACACGUUCUAUGCAGAGUUUGAUCGCCAUACACCGACAUUGAUUGGAUUGUACAGACAGAAGGCAUCACGCACCGGCAAGAUAGCAGAGUCGCUACAGAAGAUUCUUCGAGCCUAUGACAUUCAGGAAGAACAAGACAUCCAUGUGAGACGCAUCUUGUCUCUCCGUGCACUUUCCAUCUACCUACGAGAAGAUGACUCGGACCUCUUUAAAAGCUGCAAUGUAUGAAUUACUUA